CGUACUAUAACAGUCUGAUCACACAGCGCUCCUUGCUGGCAUGUUCUCUGUCUACUCGAACAUUGAGAAGACCCCUUGGCGUUCGGAUUGUUGAUCAGACAAGUAGAAUGUCUUUUCGAACCAGCAAACCACAAAUGAGCAAGAUUCCGCAGCUCCCAUAUGAUCAUAAAUUCGAGGAAGAGCGAUAUCCCAACUACAAAGCUCACCAGUACUAUCCCGUCCAGCUGGGACAGACAUUCGCUUCAAGUUAUCGAGUGAUAGCAAAAUUGGGUUACGGUACGGCAUCCACAGUUUGGCUAUCUCGUGAUCUCAAACAAAAUACCCUGGUAACGCUCAAAGUGUGCAUUCUUGGAGAGGAUGAGUCCAACGAAUUAGCAAUUUCUCACCACAUAAAGUCGUUCGACGAUGGUAUUCAUCCCGGCAAGCAUAGAUCGCGCGUCACGUUAGACGACUUCCAUGUCCGUGGACCCCAUGGCACACAUCACUGUCUGGUGUUUCCAGCCUUGGGUCGGACUCUCGCUCAAGUGCGAAAUGUGUUUGAAGACCGAAAACUUGACAAGCUUUUAUUACAAAGGUUUCUAUACCCAAUUUUACAAGGCCUAGAUUUUCUUCAUCAGACAGGAGUCGUGCAUACUGAUAUCUCGCCUAACAAUAUCCUCGUAGAAGCCGAUGAUGACAUGCUAGCCAAUCUGGAAGAAACAGAGAGGCUGAAUCCAUCACCGAGAAAGGUGCUGGAUGAUCGUGUCAUUCACCUUUCCUAUACCAUGCCAACGUCAUACAAAGACCCUGUUCUUACAGAUUUCGGUGCUGCAUAUCUAGGCGAACCAGGUCAAAAAUACCGCGACGACGUUAUGCCUGGUGUUUAUCGUGCGCCAGAAGUCCUCGCAGGAAUGGAGUGGGAUUCGAAGAUAGACAUCUGGUCAAUCGGUGUCAUGAUCUGGGAUCUUUUUGAAGACGGCAACUUGUUUCCUGCAUACAGAAAUGGUCAUCUCGAUGAUGAACUGCACUUUGCCCAGAUGAUUGCCUUGAUGGGACCUCCCCCUAAGGAGUUCCUAGACAGAAUGAGUGAGACGCAGCGGGUCCGAUACUGGGAUUCUUCAGGCACUUGGAUAGCAGAAACUCCGAUUCCAUCUCAAACACUCGAGUCACGCGAGAUUCGUCUCCAGGGCAGAGAUCACGAGUUGCUUCUUGGGUUGAUGCGCAAGAUACUCUGCUGGUUGCCAGAGGAUAGACCAUCGGCUGAAGAUCUCUAUAACGAUGGCUUUAUAUAUCAGUUUGUAGAGUACGUGAUGGAGCUUGAGGAAUCAUCGCAGGGAAAACAAGGCUAGAGUGUGGAAAAUUGAAGCUGAACAAAUAUGUCUGUGACCGCAAGUUGAGAAGUGGUUUGCGGCUGGUUUUCAGCUCGCGAAAUGGUUAGUAAAGAUCUCGUCUGGUUGCCCGAACUUUUCACUAGAUGCUGUCGAGAUCAAUACAACUAUUGUUAGCCAAUCUGUACCGGCGAGUGAAGACGAUUGUGUGUUCAUCAUCCGGCAUUUGCGAAUCACCUGCUAAUGACCAGUCGAAGUAUUCGGCAUAGUGAUAAUUUUGGUAGUAGUGAGGCCGC